AGAGUGUUAAUGGUGGAAUUCGAAUUUCCAACCCUGGUGGAGGGAGAGGGGUUACUGCAACUUCAAGGUGUCCGAAGGACACUUUCAGGUGCUUUUUUUUUUUUUAAACACUAAUCCCUAAUUUUUUUCAUUUUCCCUUCUUCUCAAUCUGCCGAUCUCCUCUUCGAACAAAUUCUUUGCCGUCGCUACUUCGGACUGCUCUGGUUAGCAUGGAAUUUCCUUCCGUCUCGUUCUGGUCUCUUUUCUUCUUCAUUCUCACCCUAUAGUAGAUUUCCCUUUUCCCGAUCUUGCUGCUCUAUUCAAGCUCAGACAUCCUCAUCCUCCUCAUCCCAGAUCCAAUGGUGUAGCCUCUAAUCUUCAACGGCUAAGCGCCAGAUCCAGUGUUCAAGAUUGGGAUUUGCCAGUUACCGGUGAUGCCGGAUAAAGAGAGGAACAUUUGCGCGUGCUCUAAGGGCCAUCGAGGAGGAUGCAGAAAAGGUUGCCGAGCUUGUUCUGUUGCCUGUGAGUUUUCGUAGUAUUUAAAUCAGUAGCUUCAUUUUUUAAAGAUUAUUUCGGGUUUUAGCAUGAUCAGUUGCCACUAACUGCACUUGUUCUCAUACUAUUACCGCUGGCUUAUGCUUUUCUUUUUGCAUUUUGUGUUGGAAAAUUGAACUUUCAGAGGAGGUGAUGAUAUUUAUUUAACUUCUACUGCUACUGUUUGGGUUUCUAUUGAGUUAUCUAGCUCGAUACUUGUUCUUGAUUUUUAUAUUGAUUUCUCCUUCCUACCAACAAAUGAAUUCAACAUACCCAUUUUCCUCCUGUAAAGUCGAAGUCUUUGCUUUGUAUCUAUCGAGUCUCUCCUCUCACUCGAAUCAGGUAUGGAGUAUGGUAAUGGGAUUUGGGUAUGAAAAGCAACCCAGUUUGGAAUUGACGCUAAAGGUUUGACUUUGGCGAGACAUGUUAACCUCCUUUCCUUGGUGUGCAGUACCUAAAAAACCCUAGCUUUUUGCUCCAAAUUGCAAUUCCAUCCCUUGUUAUCUCUGGAGGAAAAAAAAAAAAGGGUAACAAAUUUCUGAUAUUUAUGUUUCCUUUUACCUGAUUGCUUACUUUAUAUUGCGUUGAUGUUUUUUGCUUAAUUAUUAUUUUAAAGUUUCUCUAGUUCCAUUAUUUUCUGCUCUGUUUUUGGUUGUUGAGUGUGAUGGGGAGCUUGAUUUAUCUCAGUUUGGCUUCUUUAUGUUGUUCACUGCCUCUUAUGCAUGUCUGUUGAUUGUGUUUAUGCCUUUGCUAUUGCAAAAUGCCUUUGUUAGCUUUUUUUUUUUUUUUUUUACUCUCAACUUGCCUCUUUAUUAUUAGUAGUAACCAGCUGUAGCUUUUCUUUGUAAAUGAUGUAUAUUGGCUAGCAAAUCUUGUUGCUUUGUCAGUUUUGACAAUUCCAUGAGAGAAUAUAUCUUGAUGGCCUAUUAUUUGAUUUCUGCUGUUUUAUUAGCCUAGAAGCCUGCUUUGAUUUUUGCUGUUCUAUCAUCCUUGAAGCCUGCAUCAGCCACGCUUUUGGGUAAAAGCAGAGGUGGACCCAUUUUUAAUUUUUCCCAACCAAAUCUGUGAAGAACACUGGAUACCAUAUCACUGUUCCAUGAAAAAAUAGUACAAACACUUGGGGGCCUAUUGUUCUUGAUGGUAGUGUUCUCUUUUGGCUCUGGAAAGUCUCAGACAGAAAGAGGUGGGGGUAGAAAAUGGGGAAAUAAAGUGAAUGUUCUCAUGCUACAGUUUAAAUUACUUAUCUUGAGCAAGCCAUUUAAGUAGUAAAAUUCAAUUCAGUAAGCUUGUGUAAAGAUUGUUAUUGUUACUGUUAUUGAUACUAUCAAAUUUAUGUUUGUAUAGAUAUUAUUUAAAGGAUAAAAUCAUUUCAAAUGU